UGUUGACACCGUCUCCUAGCAACGGGAUGAUGGCGCAGCCCGGCGAGGACCGCAGCGGGCCUGAGAUGGAAGCUGGAUCAAUUUCUGAGGAAGAAGAGCCGCGGGCCGAAGAUGGAGGGUUGGAGAGAAAAGGUGUCAAAAAGGAAAAGGAAGAAGCCGAUUCUAGGGAAGCAUCAGGAGAGGAGUCCAAUCUAGUGCAAUUCCCAGGACAGGAAGUCGAUUCAACGCAACCACAAGGAGAGGAAGCCAGUCCAACACAGAUACCAGGAGAGGAAGUCGAGGAAGCUGGUCCAACACAACAAGUGGGAGAGGAAGUCGAUUCAACACAACCACCGGGAGAGGAAGUUGAUUCAACACAACCACCGGGAGAGGAAGUCGAUUCAACACAACCAGCGGGAGAGGAAGUCGAUUCAACACAACCAGCGGGAGAGGAAGUCGACUCAACACAACCGCCGGGAGAGGAAGUCGACUCAACAAAACCACCGGGAGAGGAAGCCGAUCUAACACAACCAGAGGGGGAAGCAUCUGCCCUUCCUCAGCCCCGCGAUGCAGCUGCAGUUGACCCACUUGAGGUGGAUGUUUCCAGAACCACCAGUCCUUCACCUGGUUCGGGAAUCUCAGACGCACGUGACUCUUUUUCUCAGAAGCCAACUGACCUGGAACAGUGUGAAUGGACAGGGAGGAGUGUCCAACUAUCGUCCGGAAUGAGCAGCGAGAGAUCUCUGUCUGCACUCAGGGCAAAUAUCCUGGAACAGAUAGGUGACACCAGUGAAAUCAGGUCACCGAGCUUCUUGGAGGCCUUGAACCAGCUCAUGAAAGACGAGAGAGAUUACAAGGAGGAGGAGCCGAGCUUGGAGGAGAAUGAGGAGGAGGAGAAGGAGGAGGAAGAAGCCCAGCUGGUGGUGUUGGAUCCAGACCAUCCGCUGAUGACCAGAUUCCAAGCCGCUCUGAGAGACUACCUCACGCGGCAGAUAGACCGGCUGCAGGUGGAGCUCCGAGAACUGACGGUGGCCACGAGGCAAGAGAGAGAGCGGCGGGAAGAGCUGGGCAUGAGCCUGUACGGGAUCCAGCAGCAACUGGCCCGCCUCCAGAAGGAUCUGGACAAACAUCGGGACCGCUUCGCCGCCGUGGCCUCGGACCGGAGGCGGGCGGAGGAGAGGCUCGGGGAAGUGCGGCUCCUCUACGACCAGACCACGGCCAGGGUCGGCGAGGAGCACAAGAGAGUUUCCGCCCUGCAGACGGAGUUGGAGAACCUGUCCCUGCGUCUGUUCUACCUGCAGAACAUGGACCAGGACAUCCGCGAUGACAUCUCCGUCAUGAGGCGGGUGGCCAAGAAGUCCGAGACGGACCAAGCGCGGGCCCAAGUGGAGAAGAAGAAACAGGAUCUGUACGUGGACCAGCUGACCAGACAGGCCAACCAACUGGAAGAACAGAUCGCCCUGUACGAAGCUCAGUACAUCGCUCAGGCUGAGGAUACAAGAGUCAUAAGACUGGCGGUGGCGGAGGCCAGUUUCGAAAUAGAAACGAUCAACCUGGAGAAGAAGCAGCUUAUGAAUCAGUGGUCCAGCAGCCUGGUGGGCAUGAAACGCCGAGAUGAGGCCUUCACUGCCGUCCGGGAAGCGCUGAGGUUAUCUCGGCGCCAGGCCAAGUCCGUGGACGCCGAAAUCGAAGGCUUCAAGAAAUCCAUCAUGAAGGAGGAGGAGAGGAACGAGCUCCUGGCGAGGAUCUUGAACCGCUCGGAGACGGACGCGGCCAUGAGCCAGAAGUUAAUAGCGCAGUGCCUCGCCAAACAACAGGUCUUGAAGAACGAAUUCUCCACCUUCAGCCACAUUCUACACGACACCGAAGGACUCCUCAGCCACACCUGCUCGGAUCGCAACGCCUGCACGAGCGACCUCCUGACCCUCCAGCAAAGCAUGGAGAAGGAGGUGGGCGCCAAGAAGGACAUGGAGAACGUCAUCGUGGAGAAACUGCAGGAUCAAAUGACGUCCAGCAAGAUGGCCAAGUAUUUCGUCCAACUGAAUUCCAAACUCCAGAAGAAGAAGACGGAUCUGGUGACGCACCUGUCCAAAAUCGGAGGGGACAUCGCCCAGGCCACUCUGGGGACCACCCAGACCUGUGGCCGAGUGGCCACGCUGAGGAAGAGCCUGAUGGAGGUGGAGAAGGAAACGAAGAGGGUGAACGACCUCAUCACCAACAGCGAAAACGAAAUCUCCAGGCGCAACCUCCUCAUCGCGCGCAAGCAGGGCAUCAUCAACCUGUACAACAAGAAAGUGGAAGCCAUCAUCUCCCAGCUGGGGGGGGAAGAGCUGGGGCCCCUGGAAAUCGAGAUCAGAAGGCUGACGAAACAAAUGGAAGAGUACAGCUCCGAGGUCGUGGCCCUGCAGAUGUCCUGGCUCCGGCUGCAGAACGAACUGGUCAAGGUGACCCGGGAGCGGGAGGACCAGCUGGGCGUCGUGGACCUGUUCAAAAAACAGAUCACCAUCCUGGAGCAAAAGAAACUGCGCACGGAGAAAAAGAUCGACCAGGAGAAGGCCGAGCGGAAAGACAUAGAGCAUCACACGAGGUCCCUGUGCACCGCCAUGAAGAAGCUGAACCUGCUCAUCUGCCAGAACAGCAGCAGCUCAGAGGAGCUCCAGCAGGGCAACACCAUAACGGAGAACGAGUUUGUGCGAUCGCUCAAGGUUUCUGAGAGAGAAGCGCUUGAAAUGCAAGAGAAGCUGGGCCAACGUCAAGAAGAAAAGGAGCAGCUGCUCAAUAACCUGGUGGAAGUCGAACAACAGAUUAUGCUGUGGGAGAAGAAAAUCCAGCUGGCCAAGGAGAUGCGGGCAAUGGUGGAUUCGGACACAGGCCAGGGAGAGAUCCGGGCCAUGAAGACUGAGAUCCAUCGGAUGCAGGUGCGGCACGCCCAGCUGAUGAAGAAGCAGGAGAAGAUGAUCCGCGACACGGAAGUGGCCGUCUCACUCCGAGAAACCAUCUUGAUCCGGGCCGAAAGCCAGAAGAAAAUCAACAAGAAGCAACUCACGCGGAGCGACUUUCACCACAAACAGAUGGAGCUGAGGAGGAAAAUCAAGGAGACGCAGAAGAACGCCGAGGAAUGCAACCGGACCCUCGUGGAGCUGGAGAAGGCCCAGGAGUCCCUGAAGGGCAUCAUCCUGGCCGGGCAACAAGAGCUGUCCAGCCUGCAGGCCGACAGUGACAUCCUCGAAGCUGACAUCGACGGUUUCCUCGACCAGAAACGGCAGAACCUCUCCGAAAUCGUCACCCUACAGCGCCGGCAGAAAUGGUUCCAGGCGGCGAAGGAAGGGCGGUACUUAUUUCGGUUCCGGACCGAGCAAGUCAUCCAGGCCGAGAAGCAGAGGCUUCUGGGCCGCAUCAGCUGCAUCAGCAGCAUCGUCGACCACCUGAAACAAGAAUAUCCCCAGUACCAAGGGGCCAUGCUGCGAGUCAGCGCUGUGCUGGAAAAACAGCUCUGGACACCUGGGUCCCGUUAGCACGCGGACCCAGACGGGCGGGAGGAAUCACCCCCGACGACCCGGCCUCCGCUUCCAAACGUCAAAACGGAACGACGACGGCUUCGAAGAGAAAUAAGCACCGUUAUUUCCCCCCUCACGGUGAACCCGGCGGGAUUUUUCAAAACCGAACGAUAAAUCAGGUCGCCGUUUGGCCCGGCCGUUCCCGUUGCUUGUAGGUGGAAGCCGGGAAGCGCCUAUUUUUCCGUCCUCCCCGCCGGGGGCGAGAAGAAAUCGCCGGUGGACAAAGUAAACUAAAUCAGCCCGGUUUGGGUAGAUGGUGAGAGGGACCAUUUCGACCCUCUUUCCUCUCCCACUUUCCAAAUUCUGAGGGAUAGAAGGGGUGGGGGAAGGAAUUUCUGGCCUUGUGAGCCAUGGAAUUGAAAUAACUAGAAAGAGGAGAUUUAAUCUGGGAGUUGAUCGCGUCCUUGUGUUUCACAGACCUCCCCGCUGUCCUUACCCCGUUGUGUGGCGACCCAAAAUAGACCAAAAUCCUCUUCUGAAAAAUGUCGAGAGCUCAUCCUCCUACACCCAACCGGAGCACGGCAGUGGUCCCUUCACGGGCCGAUGAGGAAUGAGAUUCCUGCCGCCCGAAACCGCUUUCUCCUAGGGCUCAAAGCCUUCCCUUCCCUGAAAAAAAAACACCGUGGCCCAUCAUCCAUUUUCAAACCGCCGAGUGAAAUGUUAAUUAAGUAUUUCAGCAGAUGUUCUGAAAUGUGAUCAUUAAAAAAAAGACAGGUGUGCAUAUUUCCGUCAUCCCCCACUCACCAAAAGCUACAAUCCCCUUCUCUCCAGCUCACAACUCGGGUGAAGACUCCCCCGUUGUCAUUCCCAGCAUGAAGAGCGAAAGGAGAUAUUUUACUCUUGGUUUUUUUGAGCGGGAGGAAAAAAAAGGAAUAAUAAAAAGGCCAAGAACCA